AUGAAGACUUCAACACCUUUUGCACUCACUCUCGCAGGGUUGAUCUCCGUCUCUGCCAACCCUAUCGUCAGAUCGAAUAAAUGGAAGAGAGCAGAUCUACAAGGUUUGGAUUUUGAGAUUAUCAACCUCGCUCGUAAUCUCGAAUCACUCGAAUUGAAUUACUGGAAUCAAGGAUUAAAGAACUUCACUGAAUCCGACCUCGAUAAUGCUGGAUAUCAAGGUUUCAGACAAUAUCUUGAACUGUUCAGAGAUCAAGAGAUCGCUCAUUUCACUGUCCUCAACGAAGCUGCAGGUGAAGGAUUCGAAAAUUGCACAUACACUUUCCCAGUCACUACUCCCUAUGAUCUCCUCUCGGUAGCUCAGGUAGUAACCACGGUAGGGGAAGGUGCCUUUAUCGGUGGUAUUGCAAACUUGACCGAUAGUCCUGCAAGACAAACUGGAGGCACCAUCAUAGGUAACGAAGCUCGACAAAAUUCAUUGUUAAGACAAUUUUUAGGUCUCGACUAUUUCAAUGCCGUCAACUUCGACACACCCUUGACUGCCUCUCAAGCAUACUCGCUAGCUGCUCCCUUCAUUGACUGUCCCUCUUCCAAUCCCCCAAUCAAUUUCCAUAAGAUUCCUCCUCUUAUGGCCAAUUUCACUAGUGGUUCCACCCCUCAUUCUCCAGGGGACGAGAUCUCCAUUAUGUGGGAUUCAUCUUCCGUCUAUCUAGGAAACGAUGUACAUAUCAACUUUUUAGGUGAUGUCUACUCGAUCCCCCAACCACUCAACCAGACUGGUGAUGGAUCCGGAACGACCACUUUACCAAUGGGCAUCAACGGUACUUCCUUCCUCGUAGCUACCAAUUUCGAAGGUGGUGGACCUAUUCCGGAUAAACAGAACUUUGCUAUUGGUUACGUCAUAGUUGCCUAA